AGCCCCUACUUCGAUGUGGAUGAAUGGGCCUGGGGUUGGGUUUCCGCAGGAGAAGGUUGCGCUGUCAUCAGAGCCUUAAUGAGCCUUGAGAUUUCCCUUUAAACCUGCAGUUAAUGGGAAAUUAAAUCACCGGCUGGGGAAGGAACCUUUGUGUUUUCCACCACCUCCACUCUGACUGGUUUCUGGUGAAGAAGAUGAGGGGACGAGAAGUUAAAGCAGCAUAUGGAGGAAGGGAAGAGGGGAGAACACAAGAGGCUCAGCUUCAGAGCAAGAUACUGAUCCUGACAAUAUGUGCUGCUGGGAUUGGAGGCACUUUCCAAUACGGCUACAACAUCUCCAUCAUCAACGCUCCAACCUCAUAUAUCCAGACGUUCAUGAAUGAAACGUGGCUGGAGCGCACAGGCACUCCCCUGGCGAGCAAUGUGAUCCUGCUGCUGUGGUCUUUCACUGUCUCUGCAUACCCUCUGGGAGGACUCAUUGGAGCUGUCGUUGCUGGUCCCAUGGCCAUCAAGCUGGGAAGGAAGAUGUCCCUGCUGCUGAACAAUGUCUUUGUGAUCACAGCUGCAGCCCUGUCUGGAUUCAGCCAGAUGGCAAAGUCUUUUGAAAUGAUUAUCCUCAGCAGAAUUUUUGCUGGUGUGAAUGCAGGUGUCAGCAUGAGCAUUCAGCCAAUGUAUCUGGCAGAAAGUGCCCCAAAGAAGCUCAGAGGAGCUGUGGCCUUGACUUCUGCAUCGUUUACAGCCCUGGGCCUGGUGCUGGGGCAGGUUGUUGGACUCAGGGAGCUCCUGGGAGGAGAGGAGAGCUGGCCACUCCUUUUGGCUAGCAACCUGGUGCCUGCCCUCAUCCAGCUCACAGCUCUGCCUUGGUUCCCUGAAAGUCCCAGGUACCUCCUGAUUGACUGUGGAGAUGAGGAAUCCUGCAUCUCUGCACUGCAGAAGCUCAGAGGCAACAGUGACCUGAGCACGGAGCUGGAAGAGAUGCUGGCAGAGCAGGCUGCUCUUAAAGGCCAAAGGGCGAAGAACCCUUGGGAGCUCUUCCAAAGCCGCUCCCUGCGGCGGCAGCUGCUGAGCGUCGUUGUGCUGAGCUGUGCCAUGCAGCUGUGUGGGAACGACUCGAUGUACUUUUAUGCAGCUUAUGUGUUCAAGGAGGCUGGAAUUCCCCAGGACAAAAUCCCCUAUGUUGUCAUUGGCACAGGGAGCUGUGAACUGAUCACAUCUGUCACUUGUAACAUGAUUAUAGACUACGCUGGUCGGAGGCCACUGCUGCUGGGAGGAUACAUCCUCAUGGCAGUGUGGGCAAUUGUCUUCAUGGUUGCUCUGAGCCUGCAGACUCAGAUUAGCUGGAUGCCUUAUCUCAGCAUGGCCUGCAUUUUCACCUAUAUCCUCAGCUUUGGAAUUGGACCAGCUGGUGUGACAGGAGUCCUCCCCACAGAGGUGUUUGACCAAAUGUCCCGGCCAGCUGCUUAUAUGAUCUGUGGCUCUCUGCUCUGGUUCAACCUGUUUCUGGUCGGAACAGCCUUUCCCUUCAUUGUGAAAAGCCUGGGUCAUUUCUGCUACCUCCCCUUCCUUGUGGUUUGCAUCUCUACUGCACUCUACGUCGGGUUUUUCCUUCCUGAGACAAAGGGAAAGUCCUUCCUGGAGAUCUCAGAGGAAUUCAAGAGGCAGAACUUCAGAGCUCCCACACGUGCAGGGUUCUACAGAGGCCCUGAAGAGAUCAAAUCCACCACCUUGUAGCAGAAGAAAGGAGGAUGGCAUCUGGGGGGAACUCAGCUGUGGCUAUCUCAUCUUGCAGAGACAUAAGAGAGAAGCAGGGUUAGGAACAAGACAAUGCUCUGGUGUUCACCUUGGAAAGAUAUACCUGAAGUGAUAAAUGCAGCAGAGGUCUGACAAUCCAUUUUUAGUGCUGAACAAUACAUAAAUAGCUUUAAAUGCAUGCUAAGGAGUGACAGAAUGCUGCCUUGUUCUCCUGGCACCAAACAAUGCCAUGCAAUGCUUUAGCAAAGGUCUUCUUUCUCCCACCCAAACAACAACAUCCUUCUCAGAAGCUUUUCUGCCCUUGCUCCUGAGUCUGGGCUAACACAGCACUUAAAGCGAUGAAGCUUUGUUUUCAGGCAGCAGCUGAAAUUCUCAGCACCUUGUCUUGGUGCUCUCUGUUGUUUCUGUUAUUAAGUGAUUUCAAGUAGACAUCUACUUGUUGAGCAACAGCAAGCAGUUAAUUAUUUUCAGCUAUAAACACCAUGUGACAGGUGGAUUAGGAAGCAAAUUCUGGUACUUGCUAAGUGGCUUAUUCUACAACUGACUUCUGGGCAUUGUUUUGCAGACUCAUUUUUCUGGACUGAUUUUCUUCAUGGCUUGUUGCCUUCCAUCCCAGUUUGUGUUGUUGGAGGGUUUUACAGCUGCACCCUGCUAAGGUUGAAGUGUGGUGAGGAGCUUUGAUGGCAGCAGCAUGUUUUGGAGGUGGAGAUCAGAGCAGAAUGUUCUCUGCUUCCUCUUGUCCCCGUGUUGGAAAAGAUCCAGAUGUUCACAGGUUACAGCAGUGAAGAACUGUGGAGAUUUGCCAAACAAGUAGCUAAAGGCUUUUUUCAGUGUGUCUUUUGACUACAUUAAAAAGCAAAACACAUCCUUUUUGAGUGACAAGACUCUAAACAGUUCCAGAAGGUGUUUUCCACGUCUCCUCAGGAGAGGAGUCUGCACAAGGACUAUCUUUCAAUACCUAAGGUUUACAACACAGGAAAAAUAAACCCAAACUUGUGUUUACUGUGA